AUGUGUGACAAGAUUUGCAAGUCUAAUGGUAAACCAUUGUCCCUUGAUUCAACUUGUUUGCCUCUUCAUAAUCAAUUAACAAAAAACUCUAUGGAUUUGGAGAGUUUGGUUUAUGUUGAGAAUCAACAUGUGAAAUCCAACAGCUCUUUUCUUCAUGCUGUCAUUAAUAUGAUUGGGAUGCUUAUAGGUCUUGGACAACUAUCAACUCCAUAUGCUUUAGAAAAUGGAGGGUGCAUCUCUUCUAUCCUACUUAUAGGACUUGGAGUAAUAUGUGCUUAUACUUCCCAUCUUCUUGGAAAAUGUCUACAAAAAAAUCCCAAAUCAAAAGACUACAAAGAUAUUGGCCACCAAGCAUUUGGAAUAAAAGGAAGAAUCAUAAUCACAUCUUUUAUAUACUUAGGAAUUUUCAUGGCCCUUAUUUCUUACACAAUUUCCCUACAUGACAACUUGUCCAUUGUGUUUAUAAACACAAAUUUAAAGUUACAAGGGAUUUUAAUUCACUUAUCUACUUCACAAAUAUUAACAACAAUUGCUGUUCUUGUAGCUAUUCCUAGCCUUUGGUUAAGAAAUUUUUCUUCUAUUUCUUUUCUUUCAAGUGUGGGAAUUUUUAUGUCACUUUUAAUAUUUGUGACUGUGGCAUGUACUGCUAUUUUUGGGGGUGUUAAAGCUAAUCAUGAAAUACCAAUUCUUCAUAUCCAAAAUAUUCCUUCAAUAUCUGGCCUUUAUGUUUUCGGCUAUGCUGGUCAUAUUGUUUUUCCUAAUAUCUACACAGCUAUGAGAGACCCCUCAAAAUUCACCAAGGUAUCAAUAGUGAGCUUCUCACUUGUGACAACACUAUAUGUAUCCUUAGCUUUCAUGGGAGGAAAACUCUUUGGUCCACAAGUGAGUUCACAAAUAACUCUAAGUAUGCCCCACGACCAAAUCAUCACAAAAAUUGCAUUAUGGGCAACAGUACUCACACCAAUGACAAAAUAUGCAUUGGAAUUUGCACCAUUUGCUAUGGAGCUUGAAGAAAAAUUGCCACAUUUAAUGAAUUCUAAAGCUAAGAUGAUGAUAAGAGGAAUUGUGGGAUCAAUUUUGCUAUUGAUAAUCUUGAUUUUGGCCCUUUGUGUGCCUUAUUUUGAGCAUGUUCUUAGUCUCACUGGCUCAUUAGUUAGUGUGGGUGUAUGUGUGAUCUUCCCUUGUGCUUUUUACACUAAGAUUUUUUGGAAGGAAAUUUCGAGGAGGGGCUUGGUUCUUAAUGUUGUUCUCGUCAUCAUCGGCUUGUUCUUGGGAGUUUCUGGAACUAUUUCUUCUUCUAAGUUACUGGUGAGAAGUCUGAAGAGGGCUCAUGACUCAACCUAGAAUCAGCUGUGAAGCAUGCUCCUGCUUAUGAAUUUGUUGUUCUAGCUCAAAUCAUGCUAUCUUCGAGAAAAUAGUGGUCCGGAAUGGGAAAAAAAUAAGGUGGAUUGUCUUUUGACUAGUUUGUAGUUUUUCUGGGGUUAUCUAGAGGUUGAAGUGAUUGUAUUAUACAUAAUAUGUAGGUGGAAAGUUAUUAGAGGAAUCUUGCUUUGAUAAAAGAGUGUACA